AUGGCCCAACUAACGGACGCUGAUUUCGCCUUGCUAUCAGCGGCCGUAGACUCAUCCAUCUUUUUAACUCCCUCAGCCUUGGAUGGCUCCGACGGAGUGAACUUUAGUGGGUCGUCUGCUCUUCCGUUAUCUGUUUUCCUCCCGGGGACUCCAGCUCGGGACUGCCUCGGCUUUUUCCCCUUCCUGCUGUCGCUUUUUGGCCCACUUGGCUUCGGUUUUAUGGGUGUGGACUUGCUCAACGGUGACCCAGCUGAUAGAUGGACCACCCUGCGUUGGCAUGCCUCGGUCACUCCCACUCCAUGA